AUGCUGCCCUAUAUCCUGACAGCCCUCCUCCCUCUUCAAGUGCUUGCUGCCUCUUUCCUUGCUCAAGAUUCUCAGUUACCAUUCGAUGAGGACAUCAAAGUUCCUGUCCACCUUGGAGUCAUGAGUCGCUGCCCGGAUGCUUUGCUAUGUGAAAACAUCUUUGAUAAGGUUUUGACGCGUGUUGGAGGCAAAGUUGAUUUUUUAUUAGUAUAUGUUGGUCGACUCGAUGACUCAGAGCCAGAUUUUGGCGUAGAGUGCAAACACGGACCUAUUGAAUGCGCUGGAAACGUCCAGCAACUUUGUGUCGCUAAAUACGCUUCGUUCGAUCAGUGGUGGGAAUUUGUACAAUGCCAGAACUAUCAGGGCAAAGAAAAGAUCGGCAGACCAGAAACUGCUUUCAAGUGCGCUCGCUCCGCACUUUUCGACUGGGACGGUCCAGUUUCCCAGUGUGUCGGUGAGGGAGCGUCUGGCAAGGGAGAAGAGGGUGUCGGCUUGCUCCACAAAAGUGUCAAACUGGGCAAGUCCAUGGGCAUUGAGAAAAGCUGUACGAUACUUAUAAAUGGACGAGAGGUUUGUAUCCGUGAUGAAACCUGGAAAAACUGCGAGGACGGCCAUACUGCGAACGAUUUCAUCCGGCAAAUCAACAAUGAGUACGAGAGAAUAAACAGUAAUGGUAACCGUCGUUCUUGA